GGAUUCGCUCGAGUUAUUACUGGCUUUUCUGGUUUGAUGUAUCAACCGCAACCAUCCGUUGAGUGCGAGUGGCCCGUCAUUCCGCGAUUACGUGACACAGAGUUCAUGACAAAUCCGUUAUCGAUAGCAAAGUAAAAUAAAAACGCUAAUCCGUGAAUUAGUUUAGCAACAAAAUUCACCAAAGAUGGUCGACCUCCGAAGUUUUUUGCUCGUAGGCUUUGCGUUGAGCACAUUUUCGGUACAAGUGUUCGGUAACAGAUCGUCGUUGUUAGAUAAGACGCUAAUUGAUAAUUAUUUUCAAUUAUUGAAAGAUGAAAACGAGAUAAAGGCCUGGUGGAAUAGAUUAGAUGAAAUUCGACGAUCUAAUCAUUCAUUGGAAUCGGAAGCUGAGAACGCGACAAAUAACGCAUCGGAUGAAAUAAUUGAGGGAUUUGGUGAUCAUCUUGAGGGAAAAGGAUUCCAACACUUCUCCCCAAUAUUUGACUACUCGUGCACGGUUGAAUCAGAUCUCACUGGAGGAACAACGCACUGGGUUAAUGUAUCCGGGGAACCUGCGGAAUUCAUCGUGAAAUCGGGUCAAUAUUUUCCCGCUAGAAGAACGAAGGUGAUAAAUGGCACGAGAUUCGGUUGUGCGUGUACUUGGAAAACAUGCUUACCACUCUGUUGUCCGUUGGGGCAGACGUUACGUGAUGAAAAAUGCGUCGAGGACCUCCAGAGCGCGACGUAUUGGCAGAUGAUCUCCACAUACAGUCAUGGAGGUCCCGAUUUUUUCUAUGCAGUCGACAGUUAUUGCCCGAUGGGCUGGAUAACAUUGAAUGCAUCGAAGUCGGUCCGGUAUGGAAAUUUUGUACCGGAACUGAAUGUUGAUCGAGUAGUAGACCACGUAUUUGGCUGCGUGUACGGAGAAUCUUGGAGUCGAGUUAUACCUUCGUUGAGGGUAUGUCUAACACCGCCGUGGUGGGCUAUAUUUUGCAUAGGCUGUCCGUGCGGUGCCGGUAUUGUGAUGUUAGUCAUUUUCAUAGUCUACUCGAUAGUUCCUAAACUAAAAAACCUUCAUGGUUUGAUGUUUCGUUCAUACGUCAUCACCUGCAUUGGCGUAUACGUCACAACGAUCACAUCUAUUGCAAAUUUCGCGGGGCCCCAUCUGGAACUUAUAAUAAUCGAGUGGUUCGUGCUGUUCUUCGGAUUUUCUGCUCUUCUUUGGACGAACUCUAUAAGCUUCGACAUGUGGCGAAAUUUUCGCUCCAUCCGAAGUGUAGAUCGCAAUAACACGACGAAGUCAGACUUGAAAAAGUAUAUUUGUUACGCACUCUUCUCGUGGGGUAGCCUUGCGAUCUUGAUCUCUUGCAUCAUCGCUGGCGUUGCGUGGAUUCCAAAUGGAGAUUUAACGUCAGUUUCGAUGCGAUGGAUAAAUGCCGGAGUAAAUUUGAUAAUAUACAGUUGCACAGCAAUUAUGUUCACUCUUACGGCGUUGACAAUCCAAAAACUUAAGAAAGAAACUGCUGGGCUCGUCGGCGGUGUUAACAGACACAGCGAAUCCGAACAGCGACGGUUCAACUUGUUUCUGAAACUUUUCUUAAUAACGGGUGGCCACACCAUCAUGUGGACGAUUUGGCUUUGCUGGGACACGGUGGAAACUACAGUGAUACUCUGUUCAGUGGAAUUAGUGCAGAGUUUGCUGAUAUUUUAUUUCCUCGUAUGGAAGAAUAACGUCAAACAAUCGCUCUUCACAGAAGUUCGAAAGCUCUCAUCAAGAAUCGUACAAGCGCUUUCACUUGCAGACUGCACCGUAAAAUACACCGAUCAGCUAGAGUGCAAAAUUUGAUCGUAUAUACGCGAUCGCCAUAUUUUUUAUCAUGUUCACAGAGGUUUUUCGAAACUGGCCUCCCGAACUUCCGCCUCAACGAAUCACUCACGUUUCUUGUUCCAUUAAAAGGAUAAUCGAUUUUAUGCUCUAUUCAUCGUAGUUGUAUUUACAAUUAGUUAUUUCCAAUGAAUGAAUAUUUUACAGUGCUCCAGAUUUCGUUGGAUUCAGGCCUUA